GGAGUUACUAUUUGUGGUAAAAAGAAAUCCAAACAACCACCUACCCCGCGGAUGCUCGCUCACGCGCAGACGCGGGAAGAAGACGCAAUGCAUUUCUUCCAUCUUCUCUCUCUCUAAGCUGCCUGUGACUUUCUCUCUCUUAGUUGCCUGUGACUUUCGCUCUCUUAGUUGCCUGUGACCUUCUCUCUCUACUCAUAUGCUUAUUACUGAAUUGAUGGCCAAAGCUCUGAAACUGUCCAGGAGAUCAGCACCUCGCCGAUCUUCUCCCAUGGCCUCUGCAGCAACCCCUUCAAGGAGCAACACUGUCUCCGUUGCCCAUCGCUCUUCUUCAACCACUGUUGCCCUCUUGGUCUCUUCUUUCUUUGCUGGUUUUCUCUUGUUGGGUCUUCUGUUUUAUGCAGCUCCCAUCAAUGGCCUCUGGUCGUCCGUGUCUGCUUCUAUCUAUACCAUUGAAGUUGUUAAUGAGUUUCCUCAUGAUCCUCAAGCCUUUACUCAGGGGCUCCUUUAUGCUGGAAACGAUACUCUAUAUGAGUCAACUGGUCUUAAUGGACAUUCAUCAGUUCGCCGUGUGCAUAUGCCGACUGGAAAGGUUGAGGAUAUUCAUCGCAUGGAUCAUUCUCAGUUUGGAGAAGGUCUUACUCUUUUGAAUGAAAGGUUAUUUCAGGUGACUUGGCUAACCAAUAUUGGUUAUAUAUAUGACCAGCACAAUCUCAGUAAAUUUGAGAAGUUCACUCAUGAGAUGAAAGAUGGUUGGGGACUAGCAACUGAUGGGAAAACUAUAUUUGGAAGUGAUGGUAGUUCCACCUUGUACCAACUUGACCCAAAAACCCUCAAAGUGCAGGAAAAAGUAAAUGUUAAAUACAAUGGUUAUGAAGUACAUAAUAUCAAUGAACUCGAGUUUGUAAAUGGUGAAGUGUGGGCCAAUGUUUGGCAGUCUGAUUGUAUCGCUCGAAUUUCACAUAAAGAUGGUUUAGUCACAGGAUGGAUCCUUCUCCACAGCUUAAGGCAAGGGUUGAUAUCAUCUGGGAACAAGGGUAUUGAUGUUCUCAAUGGCAUUGCUUGGGAUGAAGAAAAGAACCGCCAUUAUGUUACUGGGAAGUGGUGGCCGAAGCUUUAUGAAAUCAAGCUGCAUCCAUCAGGUCCAAUGAAGAAAGACAUUAUGGAAAUUUGCCAGCUAAGGUAGCACGGAAGCUCCCAUUUAUACCCUUCUUUUGCCAAACUACAUCUUCAUGAAGGUAGAUGCGAGUGACUGGUGAAACCAAUUUCAAUGGCUGGGAUGAUGAUGAAAGCAAAGAUGGCUGCUAGCUAGCAUACAUGUCGAAGGACAAAUAUCACUCAUUUAUUUGUAACUUAUUUUCUCAUUCUGAUUUCGUUAUGUUACAUGACGGUGGGGGAUCCAACAUCCUAGCCUGAUAAGUGAUAUGCAAAGGUCACUUCACUUGUAUAUCCAAGUUGGUUAUGAGAAUAAUUAAAGAGAACAUCAAUCCUCUAUUCCGAUGGAAGUUUUCCAGAAUCUCUGUAGUUGACAAAUAGCUUCUAUGGACACUUAUAGCGCAUUGAGCCAAAUGAAAGUGAUUCAAUCGAUAAAUUAAAAGGUGUGGUUUGCAUAA